AUGGGAAUUACCAUCUGUCCAAAACAACAUUCUAUUACAAUUUAAGAAGUAAAAGUUCAAGUCUUAAUAAAAAGACCUCUUUGUAUAGUGAAACUUGAAAAAGUCUCAAAAAUCCUAUUAGAUGAUGACACAAUAGAGAGAGAAGACUCUACAUAAUUACCUUAAUUAUAGAAGACUGAAAUGGAUGAAUUAAAAAUAUCAUAUACAGCAUAAUAAUCAGAAGUAAUAGACAAUACUAUAUAACAUCCUUGGAUUAAAAAGAAAUAUGCAUAACAAUAAUGUAAUGAAAGUUUAGUUAAAAAUGAUAUAUAGAAUGUAUCAUUUGAACCAAAUAACUCUAGUUUUGAUUUAUUAAUACCUAAAUCCAUCCUUAAACUUAAAAAAAAAUGGCAAUCAUAGUUCUGAAAAUUUAUCAAAUAAUCAACAAUC